AUGGAUAAGGAUCUUGAAAAGGCCGCGCUGGAAAACCAAGGCCAGGAGCACCACUCCAGCGGCGACAGCACUGCGCGCAAUCCCGAGGAGGAACUGGAAGAGACCCGGCGGAAUAAUCCCCUGGGCCUGACGCGCACCAAGUCAGGCGUUUCGGUGGAGCAAGCUCGAGAUGACUUCCAACAGCUGAGCAGGAAAUUCUCGAGCGUCUCCAAGGCCUCGAGAACGAGUCACGAUGCCCAGCGCAGGGGGAGCCACAAGGAUAUCCACCAGAAGGAAGAUGUGGCCCUCGCAGAGUCUGGCACAAGCCUCUCGAAUGAGGGAGAGCAGGAGGACCAGUUCGACCUCGAGGGUGCGUUGCGGACGGGACUGGACGCCGAGCAGCAGGCUGGGAUCCGCCCCAAGCAUAUUGGAGUCAUCUGGGAGGACCUGACUGUCAAGGGCACUGGCGGAUUCGAGAACUACGUCAAGACAUUCCCCAACGCCUUCAUCGACUUUUUCGACGUCAUCACGCCCAUGAUGAAGAUGCUGGGCAUGGGCAAGAAGGGCACCGAGGCCACGCUGCUGAAUGGCUUUCGCGGCGUGUGCCAGCCAGGCGAGAUGGUCCUGGUCCUGGGUCGUCCUGGUUCUGGCUGCACGACGUUCCUCAAGACAAUUGCAAACCAGCGCUACGGCUACACCAGUGUCACGGGCGACGUGCUGUACGGCCCAUAUACGGCCAAGGAGUUUGAUCAGUACCGAGGCGAGGCGGUCUACAACGCCGAAGACGAUCUCCAUCAUGCGACACUCACUGUCGAGCAGACCCUGGAGUUCGCGCUGGAUACCAAGACGCCCAAGAAGCUGCCUGCAGGCCUGACCAAGUCCGAAUUCAAGAAGCAGGUCAUUACAAUGCUGCUCAAGAUGUUCAACAUCGAGCACACCCGCAACACCGUGGUCGGUGGACACUUUGUUCGAGGUGUCUCGGGCGGAGAGCGCAAGCGAGUUUCUAUAGCCGAGAUGCUGACCACCAACGCCUGCAUCCUGUCCUGGGAUAACUCCACCCGUGGCCUAGAUGCGUCCACCGCGCUGGACUUUGUCAAGUCGCUCCGCAUCCAGACUGAUCUGUACCGGACGACCACCUUUGUCUCUCUCUACCAGGCCUCCGAAAACAUCUAUCGCGAGUUCAACAAGGUCAUGGUCAUCGAUGGCGGAAGGCAGGUCUACUUUGGGCCCACAGACAAGGCAAGGGCCUACUUUGAGGGGCUCGGCUUUGCACCUCGCCCGCGCCAGACCACACCUGAUUAUGUCACGGGAUGUACGGAUGAGUUCGAGCGUGAAUAUGCCCAGGGCUACUCCCCUGAGAAUGCGCCCCACGACCCGGAGACUCUGGCCGCCGCCUUCGAGGCUUCUGCCAUCGCGAAGGAUCUCGACGAAGAGAUGAAGUCCUACAAGACGCACCUCAAGGAGGAGACGGAGCAGUACGAGAACUUUCGUCUGGCCGUCAAGGAGAGCAAGCGGACGGGCGCCAAGCGCUCUGUUUACGCUGUUGGAUUCCACCAGCAAGUCUGGGCCCUGAUGAAACGGCAGUUUGUGCUCAAGAUGCAAGACAGGCUGGCCCUCAUCAUUGGGUGGAUUCGGAGCAUCGUCAUUGCUAUUAUCCUCGGCACACUAUAUCUCAACCUCGGCGACACCUCCGCGAGUGCCUUCAGCAAGGGCGGUGUCAUGUUUAUCGCCCUCCUGUUUAAUGCUUUUCAAGCCUUCUCGGAACUCGCAGGCGUCAUGACAGGUCGAGCAGUCGUGAACAAGCACAAGGCAUACGCCUUUCACCGUCCAUCGGCAUUAUGGAUCGCUCAGAUCAUCGUCGACCAGGCCUUUGCAGCGUCCCAGAUCAUGAUUUUCUCGAUUAUCGUGUACUUUAUGGCAAAUCUCUACAGGAGCGCUGGGGCCUUCUUCACCUUUUACCUCAUGAUCCUGUCCGGCAACAUCGCCAUGACACUAUUCUUCCGUAUCCUCGGAUGUAUCAGUCCCGAUUUCGAUUACGCCAUCAAGUUUGCCGUCGUCAUCAUCACGUUCUUCGUGACCACGUCAGGUUAUCUCAUCCAGUACCAAUCCGAGAAGGUGUGGUUGCGCUGGAUCUACUGGAUCAACGCUCUGGCCCUCGCGUUCAGCGCCAUGAUGGAGAACGAGUUCGGUCGCGUCGAAAUGACCUGCACGGACAGCCAACUCGUCCCAUCUGGUGCAGGCUACGACAACAUUGAAAACCAGGUGUGCACACUCUCCGGCUCCAAGACGGGCACGAACCAGAUCUCGGGCGCAGACUACCUUGUGGAUGGCUUUUCCUACAACCCAAAGGACCUGUGGAGAAACUGGGGUAUCAUCAUGGCCCUUAUCGUGGCGUUCCUCUGCCUCAACGUCGCCCUGGGCGAGCUCGUCAAGUUUGGCAUGGACGGCAACUCGGCCCGCAUCUACUCAAAACCCGACUCAGAGCGCAAGGCCCUCAACGAGGCCCUCAUCAAGAAGCGCGACGAGCGCCACAAGAGCAAAACUGCAGGUGACGUUGAUGGCGACGAGAUGAAGAUCGAAUCGAAAUCCGUGCUCACCUGGGAAGACCUACGAUACGACGUGCCCGUGCCCGGUGGUACGCGACGUCUCCUGAACAGCGUCUAUGGAUACGUCAAGCCUGGCGAAUUGACAGCUCUCAUGGGUUCCAGUGGUGCCGGAAAAACGACACUGCUCGAUGUGCUCGCCGGCCGCAAGAAUAUUGGCGUGAUUCAUGGCGAUAUUCUGGUCGACGGUGUCAAGCCCGGUAAGGAGUUUCAGCGGUCCACGUCGUAUGCGGAGCAGCUUGACAUGCACGACCCGUCGCAGACCGUCCGAGAGGCCCUUAGGUUUUCUGCAGACCUGCGCCAGCCUAUUGAGACGCCUCAGGCAGAGAAGUAUGCCUAUGUGGAGGAGGUCAUUGCACUGCUUGAGAUGGAGAGCAUUGCGGACGCCAUUAUUGGAUCGCCUGAGGCUGGCCUCACUGUCGAGCAGCGCAAGAGAGUCACCAUUGGCGUGGAGCUUGCUGCAAAGCCACAGCUGUUGCUAUUCCUGGACGAGCCCACGAGUGGUCUGGACAGCCAGAGCGCGUACAACAUUGUUCGAUUCUUGCAGAAGCUUGCCAGGGCUGGACAGGCUAUUCUGUGCACGAUUCACCAGCCGAACGCCGCACUUUUCGAAAACUUCGACCGUCUCCUGCUCCUGAAAUCCGGUGGCCGCUGCGUCUACUUUGGCGAUAUUGGCAAGGAUGCCUGUGUUCUUCGAGACUACCUGGCACGCCACGGCGCUGUGGCUGGCGAGACCGACAACGUUGCCGAGUUCAUGCUCGAGGCGAUCGGUGCAGGCUCCAGCCCUCGCAUCGGCAACCGUGACUGGGCCGACAUCUGGGAGGACAGCGCGGAGCUGGCCAACGUCAAGGACACCAUUUCACAGCUCAAGGAGGCGCACAAGUCGGACGGUAGCAAGGCCGACAGCUCGCUGGAGCGCGAGUACGCCUCUCCCCUCAAGCACCAGCUCAAGGUCGUCAUCAAGCGGACCAAUCUGUCCUACUGGCGCUCGCCCAACUACCUGUUCACACGUCUGUUCAAUCACCUGGUGAUCGCCCUCAUCACGGGUCUAACCUUUCUCAACCUCGACGACAGCCGCGCAUCGCUACAGUACAAGAUCUUCGUGACGUUCCAGGUCACCGUGCUCCCGGCCCUCAUCCUUUCGCAAGUGGAGGUCAUGUACCACUUCAGGCGCUCCAUCUUCUUCCGCGAGCAGUCGUCCAAGAUGUACUCGCCCUUCACCUUUGUCAGCUCCAUGGUGGUGGCCGAGAUGCCGUACAGUAUCUUGUGCGCCGUCUGCUUCUUCUUGCCCUUGUACUACAUGCCCGGGUUCCAGACCGAGUCAAGCCGCGCGGGCUACCAGUUCUUCAUCAUCCUCAUCACUGAGCUGUUCUCUGUCACCCUGGGCCAGUGCCUCGCGGCGCUGACCCCUUCCUUGUUCGUCUCGUCCCAGUUCGACCCGUUCCUCACCAUCGUCUUCAGCAUCUUCUGCGGCGUCACCAUCCCCGCCCCCCAGAUGCCCCGCUUCUGGCACGCCUGGAUGUACCAACUCGAUCCUUUUACCCGUCUCAUCAGCGGCAUGGUCACCACCGCCCUCCACGGCCUGCCUGUGCGCUGCAAGGAGAGCGAGCUCAACACCUUUACGAGCCCGGCGGGGCAGACGUGUGGCGAGUACAUGCAGCCUUAUUUCCAAGCUGGCGGCACCGGGUAUAUCGUGGACAACUCGACCAGUAACUGUGGGUACUGUGCGUACAAAGACGGGGACCAGUAUUACGAGGCGCUGGGGAUGAGCUUCGAGACCAGGUGGCGGGAUCUGGGCAUCUUUAUUGCUUUCGUGGCGAGUAAUCUGUGUAUUCUGAUUGUGGCGAGCCGUUUCCUCAACUACAACAAGCGGUAAACGGUCGUUCCUCGAGGGGUCAACGAGUCGUCAACGCUUCUUUGGUGAUCCUAUUUUUCAGUUGGAGACCAAGCCGCCUUGACCAUGUGAUGCUGAACCAUCGAGAUUCUCUCUCGUAUUCUUGUAAAUGGUAUUUAAUGUCAUUCAUAUUAGGGAUGAAGAAGAAAGAGGGGAGGGAAGGGGAGCUCUCAAGUAGAGCAUACGAUUGCAUGGUGAAUUUGAAACUUGAUAGCUGGUAAAUAAUACCCUCAUAGACUGUGUACCUUGUAUAGACUAGCAGCAUAGCC